AUGGAGUUGGGUGUUCCGCUGAACCUAGUCCCAGUCUCAGGCGGCUUCCAGCCCACAGUCCACGCCGAUGCAGCGACGUGUUCUCUCAUUCGUGAGCUUCGGGACAAAGAAGACCAGCUUAUCCGAGAGAGCAAGUUCGGGGAGGCUCAGAAGGUCGCCCAGCACAUGCAGCAGCUUGAUGCGCUUGGGCAGGAGCUUCAAAGUUUGCUGGAGAAGCGGGAGAUGCUUUCCGCCUCUCGAGAUCUCAGAGGUCUGGAGCAACUGGCACCAGAUAUCGCUGUCCUGGAGACAAAGCGGCUCCACACGGCAGCACUCUACGAGCUGCUCGGAUGCCAAGAGUUUGCGCUUGCCCGCUUGGGGGCCUUUAGGCUGCAAGCUCUGAAGCGUCCCAUAGUAGGGUUCGCCACUCAGGGAAAAGUGCGUCGUGGGACGAAAAUGUCGUGCCCCAUGCAGCGAUUUCCGGCUUCAGGGCUCAAUUGCUGA